AAUAGGUACAUGGUAUCUCCUGAAUUCAACACAUUCACACAACGAACAUCUCAUAAAGAAAAUAAAAACAAUGAGUGAGCUUUUCGACUCUCUCCCCACUUGGGAUCUCCAUAACCUUGGAUCAAUCUUCAACCAAAACUUCAACUUAGAUGCAUGUUACAACAUUGAUGAAUCGCCGGAGCAUAUACUCCGUUCGCCGGAGGUGGAUAUUAUCGGUGACGUAUCCACCGGCUACCUCGAAGACGCACUCAUCAAAUUCAGUGUGAAAAGCAAGCGGAGACGUCUUUCGUUCAACGCCGAGGACAAACCAAAUAAUCACUUUGACAAUUAUCAGAAUGAUUGGAGAAUCUCUGAGAAUUAUAGCUGCACGAGUAGUCAGUUUGCAGAUGAAUCUCCAAAUUCAUCCAUCAAUAUUUUUUCAGAAUCUUCAAAUCAGCCGAAACACUCUUUCGAGCCAUCUUCAUCCACUUCAGAGAAACAUUACUGUGACAAUAAGAAGAGAGUGGUGUAUCCAUUUGGACUGGUAAAACCAGGUGGUCGAGAAGAAGAUGUAACCCUAAACGACAUAAACAAGAAGAUUCUCAUGCCGUCGGCUCGGCCAGUUCGGCAUCCGGUUGGAGCCUUUGCAUGCCGUCCGUGUCUCUCUGCUCAUGGACCGGGUCUUUCAGGCAAAGCCGUGGUUGCUUUCACAAAGAUACAAACAUCAGGGAGGGGUACAAUUACUAUAAUAAGAACCAAGGGAUGAGAUAUGUAAUACUAGUACCUAGACAGGGCAGUCUUUCUAGAUAGUAAGUAGUGUGUACUCGAGAUGAUGAGACAACGUUAAUCAUUGGUUGUCAUGUUUAAACGUCUUCGUGUAUAUAAUGAAAAAAUGGUUAUGCGUUUUUCUGUUUU